GACGAAUAAAGCGCUCCCGACAGUGAAAAGGCGAAAUUUUUAAUUAUCUUUUGCAAAAGAAAUAAUUGACACGGAGACACGAGCAAGCGAAAGUUGAAAGGCAGCAAAGCAAAGGUGACAACGCAAGCAAGACGAAAAAAAAAGAAAACCAACGACGUAUACGUUUAAUUUCGAUCAAAUUAAGUUUUCGAAAUCGACGCCGCUAUCGCUAUGUCAUGCCGCGCACCCUUCCAAUCCGAAGACAAGUAUGAGCCACUACGUCGACCGAAUCCCGGGGGCAAUGCCGCCGCCACUGGCUUGGCCCAUGCCGCCGCCAUCCCUUUAGACCAACAGGCGCACUUAUUCAACGAUUAUGGAGCUGCGGGCUAUGCUCAGAGUGAGUACGCUCCUGGUCAAGCAGUUGGUUAUGCACAGGCCCAGGCCCAGGCUUUGUCUGAGCUGGCCAGCGGCUUUGACGGCUCAUCGAAAUUGUCGGCGGCCGCCACAGUUUUUAUACCGAGGGCAGUCGCGCCCCCACAACCCCACUCGCGACAUCAGCAAUAUCAGCAGCACCAGCCUGGAGGAACAGCGCCUUACGGUCAGCAGCAGCAGCAGCACCGCUAUGUCAAUGGCUACAAGCAUCAUCAUCAGCACCAGCAGCACCACCAUCAGCAUCAGCAGCACUACAACAACCAUCAUCACCACCAGCAUCAGCAGAAGUUUAAGAAUGAUAUGCAAAAUCUACCGAAUUCUCUCCAAAGCCGACUGAACGUAUCCAAUCAGCAGUCCUCAAACAAUGGAUCAAUGGGGGGCAAUUUCUAUCAGCAGCAGGUACAGCAGCAACUGCCACACCAACAGAACACACAACAUCAACACGGGAAAUUCCAACGUUACGCUCAUUUAAAUAAUUCAUUCCAACAAAUCGCACAGCAGCCGCACCAUCAGCAGCAACAGCAGCAGCAGCAGCAGUAUUUCCAAAAUCAACAGCAGCAGCAGCAGCCACAAGCCUCUACUUCGUCCGCAGCUGCCUCGUCCUCGUCGUCGUCGAACGCGUCGCAGCCGGACAUGGCUACCAUUGCAUUGGAGUAUCUCGAUACAGUGAUACAUUGCCUUAACCAGAAUCCGGGCCAAUUUGAUACAAUCGCAUCACGUUUCCUAACCAUUUUCGACGGCAUGGAGAACAACCACUACGUACUCUCGAUCGCCAUGGAGGAUAUAUUCGAGAAAUCCAUCGAGCAGCCGAACUUCCGAUACAUGGGGGCCAAGCUGUACAAUUUGCUGCACAUGCUGAACCCCAAACCAGACUCGCUGUUCCACACUCUACUCAAAUGCAAGCUCGACUACCACCAGGAGGAAGUGUCGAAGUAUAUGACUUCUGGGGAGCAGCAAAAAGUGCGCGAGACUGCGCUCUUCCUCGCCGAGCUCUACAUGCAGCUCCGCGGGGAUGACGACGCCCGUAUCCAACUCAUUGCCGUUAACAUUGUGUACUCUCUGACCAAGCUCCUGGCCUGUGAAAGUGCUGAAAACGUGCGCUGCAUUUGCCAGACCCUGAAGCUGGCCGGCUACGACCUCACCGCCGACUGCCCAAAAGACAUGCUGAAUAUAAUCACAGCCCUGAAAGAGAUUGAACUGAAGACCAACGGCAGGUACGCAAUGGCCGCCAGCGUCAUUGCCUUGCAGCAGAACAACUGGGGCCGCAAGGUCUCCAACGCUCUCGGUGGCGAGGAGGAUACUGUGGCAGAGCCACCGCGCCUCAGCGAUGAGCCCGUUUUCUACGGCCCCGAUGGCCAUGAGCUGACUGCCGAGGAGACGGACUUUCUCGCUGCCGAGGACGAUGCCAAUGGCAGUGAAGGCGACGAAUUCGAUGUACGAGACGGCGACCUGGAUCUCGAUCCCGAAAUGGACGAGGAAACCGAGCGCGCGUACAAGGACUUCUGCAAGCAGGGUCAGCAGCAAGCGCAGGCUAAGGGCCAGUCCAAUCGCAAAACUUAGACGGGUAUCUGUGUGGUUUAAUGGCGUGGCAGCUAGAUAUAUAGUACUCGUACAUGUGUAUGCACGAACACCAGGAAGCGAAUUAAUAUAUGUAUAAAGCAUU